UUCGAACACGAAAGAUAAUGGGAAAUGGGGUUUGAGAGAGAAGUAAAGCAAAACCCAUCUACACAAAGACAGCUACUUACUCGUACUUUGUAGGGUUUUCUUCUUUUCUAUUUUAUAUAAAAACCUCAUAAAAAAUCCCCCUUUUUUCUUUGAAUACCCACAGUAAUAACUACAAUGUGUGUGAAGUAUUUUAACUGAAAUCAAGGAUCAGUUGUGGGUUUUUUAAGAUCUUUACAUUGUAAUAAUAAAGGAUCUUUAAAGUUGGUCUAGUGAAAGAUGGAAUUAGAUACACCUCUUGAUUUUGCAGCAUUUCAACUCUCACCAAGACAUUCAAGAUGUGAAUUGGUUGUUUCCAUUAAUGGAAACACUGAAAAGCUCGCGUCGGGUUUAGUGAAGCCGUUUAUGACUCAUUUGAAGGUUUUAGAGGAUCAGAUUGCGUUGUCGGCUCAAUCUAUAAAGCUUGAAGUGGAUAGACAUAAAAAUGUGGAUUCAUGGUUUACUAAGGGAACCCUUGAGAGGUUUGUGCGUUUUGUAAGUACACCGGAAAUUGUAGAGCUAGUGAUUACCUAUGAUGCUGAAAUGUCUCAGUUGGAAGCUGCUCGUAGAAUAUAUUCACAGGGAUCAUCUGACCAGAGUAACUCAGGUGAUGGAAGAUCAAGUACGACAGCCAGGGCUGAUGCAACAAAGAAAGAACUUUUGAGGGCGAUUGAUGUAAGGCUAACUGCUGUGAAGCAGGACUUGAAUACAGCGUGUGCUCGUGCUGCUUCUGCUGGCUUUAAUCAGGACACGGUAUCUGACCUUCAAUUGUUCGCUGAGAGGUUUGGUGCGACACGCUUAAAUGAAGCUUGUUGUAAAUACAUAUCACUUUAUGAUAAACGCCCUGAGUUGUUCACCAACUCAUCAAAGUCUAUCUUCAGAGAUCAAGGCAUCCGGUGCUCAUACGGCUCAGAUAUGUCAAUCGAUGACGAUCCAUCACCAACGAUAACCAAAACUACAGCCGACCAGUCUGCUAACCCUCCACUCAAAUCCUCUUCCUCAACCAACUUCCCUAUACAACCUAGCAGCAUAGGAAAAGAUGAAACUGUUUCCGAGGAUGAAAAAAUAAAGAAAGAGAUUGCUAGUGGCGGGGCUGAGGAACAGUUGGCUCAGACAGCUACCCAGCCAUCUUCUAGGAGGCUAAGUGUUCAAGAUCGGAUUAAUCUUUUUGAAAACAAACAGAAAGAGGUUGUUUCUGCUACCGGGAGUGGUGGAAAACCACCAGCCAUUGCUAAGCCUGAGCUUCGUAGGCUUUCAUCUGAUGUUUCAAAUUCACCAGCAGCUCCUCCUCCGGCAGUUCUUAGAAGAUGGAGUGGUGCUAGUGACAUGAGCAUUGACUUGACUGGUGAGAAGGGAACUGACAGUCCAAAGCCGCCAUUGAAUGAGACACCAACUGAGGUCCAGAAAAGUAAACCUGAUUUGAUAGAUCAAAUGAGUUGUAGUUCUAGUAGGGGCGAGGAAGACCCAAUAACUAAAGUUGAGAAUAUUUCUGUUAGGCCUGAAGAAUCUGUUGGUUCUAACCACCCGUCUUCUACUUUGGAGAAGACGCAGUCUUGGUCAUCCUUAACCAAGUCAGACGAUGAUUCACUGGAGGUACGCUUAAGACCACAUACUCAGAUCAAGUCUUCUCAUGGUUGUAAUCAAGAAGAUUUCAGGCAUUCAAAUGUUGAAACGUCACAUAAUGUAGCAGAUGCAGAACAAUUUGAGCCCCCGCCCAAACCAAUGACAUUAAAGGCUCCUUCAAAGAAUAAUAUAAGUCAUCAGAGAGGUGGUUCUGGAUCAAAAAUUCAGGAAGCUGUAGCUGCUUCACAGCAUAGGGGUGCUGAGAUUGGUUCAUUACGUUCGCAAGCUAGGUCCAGUUAUUCUGCAGAAACUGAGGAAGUUAACAGGAAAAAUAAUGCACCAACAGAGAAACAAUUUGGUGAAUCUGGACUUCAAAAGGCAAAGGUACAAAAGAAUGUUUCGAGGGAUGAAAGCAGAUACGUUGAUGGGUACAGUAAUACACCACCAUCUGGUAAAUUUGUUCAGGUGGCGGGGUCUGGCUCAAUGCCAUCAGAAGAACCUGUUGCUGAACAAGUGCAUAGGUCUAGACAAUUAAAAGGGAACCAAGAACUCAACGAUGACCUUAAAAUGAAAGCAAAUGAACUAGAAAAGCUUUAUGCAGAGCAUAAACUUAGAGUUCCUGUGGAUCAACCUAAUAAUGCACGUAGAGCUAAGCCUUCAGAAGACCAAUCUGUUUCUACUCCAGUUUGUGAACCAAAAACAGAAUUUAGUUCUCCUGUUAAGUUCUCACCAAUAGAUGGUCAGAAUCACAGAGACGCACUGCAAAGAAGUUUUUCUGAAGUUAAAUCUUCCGACGAUUCACGAGGUAAAUUUUAUGAUAGCUACACGAAAAAAAGAGAGGAAAGAUUAAGGGAACAAUGGGGUGGAUCUAAUAAAGCAGAAAAAGAAGCUAGGAUGAAAGCCUUGCACGACAGCCUUGAGCGUAGUAGUGCUGAAAUAAAGGCUAAACUUUCAUGGUCUGCUGAUAGACAAGAUUCUGUAUCAACUACCCGUCGACGUGCUGAAAGAUUGAGGUCGUUCAAUGCCCGAUCGGCUCUCAAGAGGGAGCAACCAUUAGAUUUUGGGCAGAUCGAAGAUGAUGAAGAUUUAUCUGAAUUUUCAGAACUGAAACUUACGAACAAUGGUGUCUAUAAAAAUGUUCAAAGUAGAAAACCUUUACCAGUGAAGAAUUCGUCUACAGCCACAACACGCACUCCAGUUGUACCAGUUCCAAAAUCAGGUACCAAAGUAGCUUCUAGUUCUGGGAGGCGGAGGGUACAAUCGGAAAAUCCUCUUGCACAAUCUGUUCCCAACUUCUUAGACUUGAGAAAAGAGAAUACUAAGCCAUAUUCUGUAGCCAGCAAAACAGCUGCCCGUUCUCAGUUGAGAAACCACACACGCAGCAGAAGUACCAAUGAAGAGCCACAACCUGUCAAGGAAGAGAAAGCUGGACGGUCUCAGUUCUUGAGGAAGAACCCUCCAAAUCUUUCCGAGAGUUCGGACAGUGUCAUUUUGACCCAGUUUUCGAAAACCAUGGAACCAAAGUCCUUCCAUAGGAGGAAUAACAGCGUAGGUGGAAGCGGGAUUGCAAAACUGAAGGCUUCAAUGGUGAUGAAAACCGAAGAAGAAUAUGAGCCAGAUGAUGAGGAAGAAGAGUUUGAGAUCUUGGAAACUGAAUGUCAAGAAGAUGUGGUAGAUGAGAUGGAGUUGAAAAACGAGAGUUUGGUAAACUCUGAAUCUGGAAACGGUCAGACAGACCCUAGUUUGACCACUGAAUUACCCAUGCAAGACUCACCUGGUGAAAGCCCGAUGUCAUGGAAUUCACGCAUCCAUCACCCCUUUUCUUAUACUCACGAUAAUGAUGCUAACAUGGAAUCUUGGAAUCUGGAUUCAACAGCGGAAGAUGUAGCCCGGAUGAGGAAGAAAUGGGGAAGUGCCCAAAAUAAUAUUCUUGUUGCCAACUCCUCUUCUGGCCUCCAAUCGCGUAGAGAUAUGACAAAAGGAUUUAAACGGUUUUUGAAAUUUGGAAGGAAAAGUCGUGGUACCGACAAUAUUGCUGAUUGGAUUUCUGCUACGACUUCCGAAGGAGACGAUGAUACGGAAGAUUCUAGAGAUGUUUCUAAUCGGUCAUCAGAUGAACUAAGAAAGUCAAGAAUGGGAUAUUUACACGAAGGGAGCUUCAACGAAUCCGAUUUUUUCACAGAUCAAGGUCAUAUGUCACAAAGCUCAAUCCCAACACCUCCAGCAAACUUCAGACUGAGGGAAGAUCACCUUUCUGGAAGCUCUAUCAAGGCUCCUCGAUCUUUUUUCUCUUUGUCAUCAUUCCGGAGCAAGGGAAGUGACUCAAAGCUGAGAUGAGGUAGUCUUUUGGGGUGUUCGUUGGUUGAUAGGUAUAUAAAAAGAAAAAUAGAGAAUGAUUGAGGUUGGCAAACAUUUCGUUAUAUGUUGUGGUAGUCAGCUUCGAGUUAUUUUUGGUUGUAUAUUGUAUUUCAUGAGCUAAAUAGCCAAUUGGCGGAAACCUUAUUGUUGAAUUCUGUAGUCCUUAUGGAGCAAGUAUUCCCAUUUUUUUGCCCUAUGUACACAAAACACUUGAAUUUGAACUCGAAAAUCUGAAUGGUUAUCUCAAUUGUUCUGGUUA